UAGUGAGGGAAUAUGACCUUUUUUAAAUGGCAGUGAGGGAAUUAGUUCUAUGAAAAGCCCCUUCUCCCAAUCGUCGCCGGCGGCGACCACCAGGCACCAGCCCGCCACUGCUGCACCCACCGCAAGGCCUCAAGCAACGAACUCUUCGCGAGCCACUUCACCGAACCCCGAACCGCCCGUCCCAUGGACGUCCGCCGCAGGCCCGCGGCGGCCGCUGCAAGGGACCAGCCUCGGCAGCCGCCGGCAGCUGCGGCGCCGGCGGAGCCGACGAAGGAACUGAUCCUCCGGCCGCCGAACCUGGGCGUAGUCGCUGCGGCGAUGGUGCUCUUCCUCGCGCCCUUCUCGUACCUCGCAUUCGUGCACUACCCACUCGCCGCCGAUCUGCGGCAAUCCAUCCUCAUAUGCGGCGCCAUGAGCCUCGGCGGCUUCUUCGUCGCGCUCCAGCUUAUCCCCGUCGCCGCACGCUACCUCCUCCGCCGCCGGAUGUUCGGCUACGACAUCAACAAGAGGGGCUUGCCUCUGGGCGAAAUCCAAGUGCCUGAGGCACUAGGCCUUGUUGUUGGGAUUGUCUAUUUAGUCAUUGCAAUUAUAUUUCAACAAUUCAACUUCGCAGCAGACUCCAUGUGGCUUGUUGAAUACAAUGCAGCAUUAGCAUCAGUCUGCUUUAUGAUUCUUCUUGGAUUUGUUGAUGAUGUUCUUGAUGUUCCAUGGAGAGUGAAGCUUCUGCUGCCCACAAUUGCAUCACUUCCUCUGUUGAUGGCAUAUGCUGGUGGUACCUCCAUCAGCAUUCCAAAGCCUAUAGCCCCUUAUCUUGGAGUAGCAGUUUUGGAGCUAGGUUCAUUGUACAAGCUAUUCAUGCUCCUGUUAGCAGUCUUUUGUACAAACUCAAUAAAUAUACAUGCUGGCUUGAAUGGUCUUGAAGUUGGGCAGACAGUUGUUAUUUCUGCUGCGGUUUUGAUACACAAUGUAAUGCGCAUAGGAUCUUCUACAGACAUUGAAAUCCAGCAAGCUCAUGAAUUCUCUAUUUAUCUUGUCCUGCCUUUCCUAACCACUUCUUUAGCUUUGCUAGCCUUUAACUGGUAUCCUUCAUCUGUUUUUGUUGGUGAUACCUACACCUAUUUUGCUGGAAUGGCUUUGGCUGUGGUGGGAAUUUUGGGACAUUUCAGCGAGACGUUAUUGCUCUUCUUUUUACCUCAAGUUCUUAAUUUCUUGUGCUCAGUCCCACAGCUCUUUCACUUUGUUCCUUGCCCAAGACAUAGGUUGCCAAGGUUUGAUCCUGAAACAGGUCUGUUGACUGGUACCAAAGAUGGGAAUCUAGUUAACAUAUUCCUUAGGUUAUUUGGAAGAUGCACAGAGAAGGCCCUUUGCAUAAGGCUCCUUAUUUUUCAGGCUCUUUCUUGCAUAUUCUGCUUCUGGCUAAGAUACAUGCUUACCGGAUGGUACAAAUGAUCACCUGCAAAAGACUCUUCGCUUGUCGCCUUUCUUAAAGUUCGCUCGCAAAUCAGUUGCAUCUGAUGGCUGUUAUUUUCCUCGACAUAUUUGUAGACUAACCACCCAAAUUUUCAAAUACUGGUGGAAGGGCAUCUCGCUGUUCACGCAUUUGCUUUCUACCGUUAGUCUUUGGGUUUGUUUGCUUCACUUGUGGCAUCUAUUUUACUGCAGUUCCUUGUAUCUCUUUACAAUGGGUUCAAGGAAGUUUGCUUGCCUGCACAGCUGUACUCUGCACGCCAUUGGAAGAAAAAAAAACAUUUUCUGAGUUACAAUGAGAGAAGAGGUUUACCUCUAUUUGUGUAUCACGGUUCCCAUUUCUUCUCUAUAGCUUUGUAUUGGUAGCGUAUAGGGUCUUUAGAUCUAACUCAUUUGUUUGGUUUGAGAAAUGAAAUGGAUUGCCCCAUCACCGUCUCGUUACUCAUAUAUGAGUUGUACUAGUGUUUUUUAAAAUCAUACCAGUUGUAGUGGUGUUUCUUUAAAAAAAUCUUGUGAGUUGUAUUGGUGUUUUUUUU